AAGUGCGCAAUUUAAUAAGGAUUAAAAUAAAUACGCGAAACAAUUUAAAAUGUGUCUGCAGUCUCCUGUCAGUAUGCAGCGAGACGCCAGAGUGAUCCAGGCCAGGGUAAUGGACCGACGAACGACCGCCCAGGAGGAUAAGAGGAGCUAGCUCGGUGGCUACUUGAUGGUGGGUAGAACAUGGGUCGGCAAAGCCUCGACGGGACCGCUACGACAUGCAGCGAAGUAGUUUAAUUACCAGGUUGCAGAGAGCCAGGUCAUCUUGCAUGUAGUCGGUUUACCCACCACCACAAAGAAGGCCACGACAUGCAAUGUCAGACGUCCGUUCCUUUGCUUCUUCAGGUCAUGAAGAGGGUACGCACUGAGCAGAUCCAGUAUGUAGUCGCCCAGUACCUCAAGAGGAGACAGUAUGUGGACGCGGAAAGUCCCAUGAGAGGGGCAAAACUCUUCCAGACGCCAGAAGAGAUGGCGGCAAAUCUGACUGUGCAGACAGAGUCGGGGUGCGCCAACGUUGUCUCUGCUGCCCCAUGCCAAUCGGACCCCCAGCAGUAUGAGACCCAGUUCUCCAAGCUACGCACGUUUCUCACAGAGACGGAGGUGCCCUGGGCGAGGGAGGUGAGCGGCGUGCUGUACCCGCUCUUCAUCUACCUGCACCUGGACAUGGUGCGCUGCGGCCUCAAGGCGACCGCCGACGCCUUCUACGGCCACUUCCACGGCGCCUUCCUGGCGGACGGCGAGCAGCGGGCCACGGUGGAGCAGCUCCGCAGCGUGCUGACGCCGCAGGACGCCGCCGCCAACGCCAAGCUCAGCGCCUUCCUGCAGCACAAGUACGUGGUGCGGCUGACGGAGCCGGCCUACGCCUACCUGCUGCGCUACCUGCAGAGCGAGGACAAUGGCGCCCUCUGCAGGGCCCUGGGCGCCCACCUGCAGCUGGAGGUCACGGCCGCCAAGCGCACCGACUACCAGCUCUACGGCGGCGUCACUGCCCCCGCGGGCGUGGCCACGGCGGCUAACGGAGGUCCGGCGUCCGGCCCCCACCCGGCCCUGACGUCGGCCCCCACAUGGGCGGGGAUGGACGGGGCGGAGGGGGGGGGCGGCGGCGGCGAGGGGGUGGAGCUCCCGGCGGGGGUCCUCCCCCAGAACGAGGCGGCGCUGGACGCGCUGCAGGACUGCAUCCGCAAGGUGCGGGAGGGCCCGCCCUCGCUGACCACCGUGUGCUUCUACGCCUUCCACCACACGGAGCAGCUGCUGAACACGGCGGAGGUGGCGGCAGACAGCCGGCUGCUGGCCGCCGGGUUCGACAGCUCGGCCGUGAAGCUGUGGAGCCUCCGCGCCCGCAAGCUGAAGGCCCGCCCCCACCAGGUGGACGUGUCCCACAUCCACCUGGCCUGCGACCUGCUGGAGGAAGAGGAGGAGGAAGAGGAGGGCUCCGGCAGCGAGAUCCAGACGCUGCGGGGGCACAGCGGGCCCGUCUUCCGCACCGCCUUCCUGACGGACUCCUCGGGACUGCUCUCCUGCUCCGAGGACACCACCAUCCGCUACUGGGACCUGGGCAGCUUCACCAACACCGCCCUGUACCGCGGCCACGCCUACCCGGUGUGGGACGUGGACGUGAGCCCCUGCAGCCUGUACUUCGCCAGCGGCUCCCAGGACCGCACGGCGCGCCUCUGGACCUUCUCCCGCACCUACCCCCUGCGGCUGUACGCCGGCCACCUGGCCGACGUGGACUGCGUCAAGUUCCACCCCAACUCCAACUACCUGGCCACGGGCUCCACCGACAAGACGGUGCGACUGUGGAGCACGCAGCAGGGCGCCUCCGUGCGGCUGUUCACGGGCCACCGCGGGCCCGUGCUGGCGCUGGCCUUCUCCCCCGACGGCAAGUACCUGGCGUCGGCCGGCGAGGACCAGCGGGUCAAGCUGUGGGACCUGGCGUCGGGCGGGCUCGUGAAGGACCUGCGCGGCCACACGGACGGCGUGUCCAGCCUGUCCUUCAGCCCCGACAGCAGCCUGCUGGCCUCGGCCGCCGCAGACAACUCGGUGCGGGUGUGGGACGUGGUGCGGUCGUCUGUCCACGCCGGGAGCCCCGCGGACGGGUCGUCGGGGGAGCUGGUGGGGCUGUACUCUGGGGCCACCGGCAGCGUGCUCAACGUCCAGUUCAUGGCCUGCAACCUCCUGCUGGUCACCGGCACGGCACAGGAGAAGACGGAACAGUAGCCGCUGCCGCCGCCGCACCCCGGGCUUCCUUUUAGGGGGUUUACAACGAGUGUCCGCCGGUCGGCUACUUUGGAGGGCUCUUCCUCCGAGUCACCGUGGUGACGGGUGACUUGGAUCCCGUGAUCCCAUUCCUCACCUCACCAAAACGGCCAGCAUUGCUGGUCAAAAGGGAUACUGGUGUAGCUAAAGGGUUACUGGUUUAACGAAGGUGUGAGUCAUUAAUUACGGCCACGGUCAGUUCUUCAGUUCGUUUUUUCCUUUGUACAACGCUUCACUUCUAUUUUCUCACCUGGCCUCAACUGCUUCCCUAAGCUGGGAGUUUACAGCAGACGUUGUCUUUAUCUUCAGCCUCCUUGAAAUCAAGGGUUGCUACAUCUCAACAGGGGAUCGUCCGUGAAUGGCCCGCAUUGGUUAAAGGAUAACAGCCAGUGUGCUUUGUAUUUAUUACUCAAAUAAAGCGACCUCUAGUGACUAUGUUUUUCUUGUUAUUUGUAUUGUCUAGCAACCUGCUGAUAGACACUUACCUUCAGUGGUGGGAAAGUCCUCUGUAGUCCAAAAGAGAGGAAUCCCUAACGUUUCUAGUCCUUUCAUUUUGGCAUGUCACUUAACCAUCCUCUGUAAGCUCGGCCGUGAAAACCUCUGUCCUCCAGGCAUGGCUUCACUGUCGUUCCUUUGUUCUGGCUGUCACUGUUUUCUGUUGAACAUGCCAGAUAGGCUCUUAUCUACUACAUGCCUGACCCAUGAGAAGGUUCAUUCACCCCUCAUGUUUCUGGUGGAAUCUGUCUUCCAUCCCGGAUGUUUUCCGCAUCACAAGUCUCGGUUCAAACGAUGGCUACAAGGGGUGAGGCGGUUAGGAAAGGGCCACUGCUAGCUCAUUGCACCCUCCUCCCCCUCCACCCCUAUCUCUGAACCGGAAGUCGUGAGACCAGUCCCCCUGUGCAGCGCCCCCUAGCCACCAGCGAUCAGACGGGGGGACUGUAGCCUACAAGCCAUACUCAGUGUUUAUGAACAGGUCAGGUCAUCCCAUCUGAAGCGUCCUGUGGUUGUCCUUGAACUAUCAGAGGGGUAGGGGAGUCAACAGCCAGGACAAGACUAUGGAAAUGCAGUCGCUGGGUAUUUCUGUAAGGGUGUAAAAGCAACUCAUGGGUCUCCAUUGUGGGUUUGACACCCAGAGAGUUGUAGCUGUAGACUUUAAGGUGAGGAUGCUAACGAUGUUUGUUUCUGUUUUUUAUAUGAACUCUCCCGGAGUAGUGUAAAUACAGACGGAGGACAUUUCUGGUUGUAUUAUCGACAGUUUCGCACACCUGUGGCAUUCUUUGUACCAUGCUAUACAAAGUGUAAAUAUAUUUUUGUAAACUUUUAUGAAGGUUUCUACCAAAAUAGAAAAAAGCCCUUUAUGCAAGGUUUUGUUUGUGCGCAAAAUGGUUGAUUCAAGAUUUGUUAUCCUCUGAUUCCAGCUGCCACACCAUGUUAUUUUGAAAAAUGUCCAUUUGUGGGUCCAUCUGGUUCACGCCAAGUAUACCUGACUUCACCCAGUUCUCAGAAAAGUGACAUUUGGUUCUGUAAAACGUAAGCUCAGAGUACAGAUCUAGCUUAAUAAAUAAGAGUUUUAUUUGA